AGCUCUCAGUUCCUCCUCCCCCAGCCCCCGCUACCCAAGCUCCGGGUCUGGGCGACCGCAGAGGAGCAGCCCCUGGGGCUACAGCCCCGCCCGAGCCGAGGGCCCAGGCGUCCCCGCGCGUGCGCAAACCCGGUGGCGGGGCCUAGACUUGCGACUCUGUUGCUGCACCCCGGCCCAGGCCCAGGGCUGAGGCGUCUCCGCGCGUGCGCACAGCUGCUGGCUGGGCCUAAGCGUGCGGCUCUGUUGCUGCACCCCGCACCAGGCCCAGGACCGAGGCGUCUCUGCGCGUGCGCAAAGCCCCUGGCCGGGGUGGGCGCGCGGCUCAGGGAUUGUAGCCCUACUCGGCCCGCGGGUCGAAGCGGCGGUGCGCAUGCGCAGUCACAUUAACCUUGGUGUAGAAGACAACUUUACCAGGAUCUCGAAGGAAGAGGAUUCAAGAUGACUGAAUACUGGGCUACAAAAAGUUAAAACAAUCAGCUUAGCAAAUAAUAUACUCUUCACUGGAGCUGAGAAUUGAUAAGUCUGCUCUUCACAGUGAUUUGGAACUUUCCAAUCCCAGGGGAAAUUUGAUAAGGGACUGCACAGGACUGAGUCCAUAUGGAAGAAGAACUUCCCCUUUUCUGUGGAGAAAGUGGCAAGCCGGUACAGGCUACUCUGUCAUCUUUGAAGAUGUUAGAUGUGGGAAAGUGGCCAAUUUUCUCCCUUUGUUCUGAGGAAGAGCUGCAGUUAAUACGUCAGGCUUGUGUCUUUGGCAGUGCUGGCAAUGAAGUUUUAUACACCACAGUAAAUGAUGAGAUUUUUGUGCUCGGCACCAACUGCUGUGGCUGUUUGGGAUUAGGUGACGUCCAGAGCACCAUUGAACCUCGGAGACUGGACUCUUUAACUGGCAAAAAAGUAGCCUGUCUCAGCUAUGGGAGUGGUCCACAUGUUGUCCUUGCCACAUCAGAAGGAGAAGUCUUUACAUGGGGUCAUAAUGCAUAUAGCCAGCUGGGCAAUGGGACGACUAAUCAUGGUUUAGUGCCCUGUCAUAUCUCUACUAAUUUGUCAAACAAACGAGUCAUUGAAGUUGCCUGUGGGUCUUAUCAUUCUUUGGUGCUAACAUCUGAUGGAGAGGUGUUUGCCUGGGGUUAUAAUAACUCUGGGCAGGUAGGAUCUGGAUCAACAGCUAAUCAGCCGAUCCCUCGAAGAGUCACUGGCUGCUUACAGAAUAAAGUAGUUGUGAACAUAGCUUGUGGGCAGAUGUGCUCAAUGGCGGUAGUGGACACUGGGGAGGUCUAUGUUUGGGGUUACAGUGGAAAUGGGCAGCUCGGACUUGGCGGCAGUGGCAACCAGCCAACCCCCUGUAGAGUGGCAGCUUUGCAAGGCAUCCGUGUCCAGCGGGCUGCCUGUGGCUACGCACACACAUUAGUAUUAACAGAUGAAGGCCAAGUGUAUGUCUGGGGUGCAAAUUCUUAUGGCCAGUUGGGCACCGGCAAUAAAAGUAACCAGCCCUAUCCUACUCCUAUCAUUGUGGAAAAGGACAGAAUUAUAGAGAUCGCAGCCUGCCACUCUACGCACACGUCUGCUGCCAAGACCCAGGGAGGGCACGUGUACAUGUGGGGCCAGUGCCGGGGCCAGUCGGUGGUGCUGCCGCACCUCACGCACUUCUCCUGCACGGACGACGUGUUCGCCUGCUUCGCCUCUCCCGCCGUCUCGUGGCGCCUCCUCACCGUGGAACCUGAUGACCACCUCACAGUGGCUGAGUCACUGAAGAGGGAAUUCGACAACCCCAACACCGCAGACCUGAAAUUUCUGGUGGAUGGAAAGUACAUUUAUGCACAUAAAGUCCUUCUCAAAAUUAGGUGUGAGCAUUUUCGUUCUUCAUUGGAAGACCAUGAGGAUGAUAUUGUAGAAAUGAGUGAAUUUUCCUAUCCUGUCUACCGGGCCUUCCUGGAAUACCUGUACACAGACAGCAUCAGCCUUUCCCCUGAGGAGGCAGUAGGAUUGCUAGAUUUGGCUACAUUUUAUAGAGAAAAUCGUUUGAAAAAGCUCUGCCAACAAACUAUCAAGCAAGGAAUCUGUGAGGAGAAUGCCAUCGCUCUGCUUUCAGCUGCUGUGAAGUAUGACGCUCAGGAUUUAGAAGAAUUCUGCUUCAGGUUUUGCAUAAACCAUUUGACUAUGGUAACACAGACUGCAGGCUUUGCGGAGAUGGACCAUGAUCUCAUGAAGAACUUCAUCAGCAAAGCAAGCAGAGUGGGAGCCUUUAAAAAUUGAUCCUCACCUGCAGGAAAGAAGUUUUAGCCUGUAUCCACUUUCUCUGCAAAAGUCAGAGAAUAACUUCUCUUUAAUUAGUAGUAUUUACGAUGAGCUUCAUUUGGCUGAAUACUUCCGUUCUGUCAAGAGGAGGAUGGCGGUCAGUCUUCCCCAUUUGCCGAAAUGCAGUUUACAUAGAAGGCAUUCAGCACUCUGAUCAGAUGGGACUAAGCUUAAAGGAAAAAAAUUAAAACGUCUUUAUUAUAUUUACCUUUUCCUCUUUCAAGUCACUUAAGCUGGAUACUGUUGGCACAUUGGUCUAAGUAUAUGCUCUUCUGGCCAAGCCUUCCAUUAUUCAGCAGGCUGAUAGCACGUGGACAGCCUGGACAGCCAGGAAUGGUCACUCCCGCCUCAUCAGCAUCUAGCACCGUGCCUUGCAUACAGUAGGCACUCAGUUAAUUGAUUGAUUAUAAAUCGUAAGUACGCCCCCAGAACAGCUUUAUCUGUGGGAUACUGGAUGAAGGAAUAACUUGAACAAAAACACAUUUAAAACAGCCUAUAACUCUUGGGGUUUGUAUUCCUCUGGUCCAUCACUCUGAGAAAUAGUGGCUAAUUUAGAGCAUUCGUUAGAAUUCACAAAAGGCUUUGGCAGUUAAAUUGUCAAAGGUCCAAGGGCUAAUUUUAAUUUUCUGUUUACUCUGAGUCAUUAAUUUCUCCUAUGGGAUUAUCGACUAUGAAGUACUGUCUUUGAAGGAGUGUUAUUUCUGGGCUCGUCUGCCUUACAUAAUUGCAUAAUGUCCUUUGCUUUUGUGUUGAGAGAUUUUGCCUAUGUGAGUAAAAAUGAUUGUGUUUUUCUUGUAGUUGCCUUUUAUGUCACUAAAAACAGGUCUGUAUACCUGGCACAGUAUACUUGUAAAAUAGUAGCUGAAAAGGAAUUAAUACUUGUAUUUCAUGGACACCAUCAACAAGAAUGAGAUAAAUUUGUACUUUUGAAAUCAAAACAAGUUACCCAACUGCAAAGGAGAAACUGGAACGGGAUGUAGGAUGUAGAGUCUGAUGCUUCUGUGUAUUUCACAAUAGGGUAUUAUCGAAAGAAAACACUUUUGGAAUUAGAAACCUUGUUCUGAUGCUGAACUAUUUGAUAAUAAAGUGCUUCUUUGUAGAUAAUAGAA